AUGCUCCGCCACACAGCCGGUGUUCCGACUGCUCCGCCACACAGCCGGGGUUCCGACUGCUCCGCCACACAGCCGGGGUUCCGACUGCUCCGCCACACAGCCGGGGUUCCGACUGCUCCGCCACACAGCCGGGGUUCCGACUGCUCCGCCACACAGCCGGGGUUCCGACUGCUCCGCCACACAGCCGGGGUUCCGACUGCUCCGCCACACAGCCGGGGUUCCGACUGCUCCGCCACACAGCCGGGGUUCCGACUGCUCCGCCACACAGCCGGGGUUCCGACUGCUCCGCCACACAGCCGGGGUUCCGACUGCUCCGCCACACAGCCGGGGUUCCGACUGCUCCGCCACACAGCCGGGGUUCCGACUGCUCCGCCACACAGCCGGGGUUCCGACUGCUCCGCCACACAGCCGGGGUUCCGACUGCUCCGCCACACAGCCGGGGUUCCGACUGCUCCGCCACACAGCCGGGGUUCCGACUGCUCCGCCACACAGCCGGGGUUCCGACUGCUCCGCCACACAGCCGGGGUUCCGACUGCUCCGCCACACAGCCGGGGUUCCGACUGCUCCGCCACACAGCCGGGGUUCCGACUGCUCCGCCACACAGCCGGGGUUCCGACUGCUCCGCCACACAGCCGGGGUUCCGACUGCUCCGCCACACAGCCGGGGUUCCAACAGCCAGUGAUGGUCACAGCCUGA